AUCAGUUAUCAAUUUAUCAUCCAAUAGUUAAUACCAAUUACAUAACCUCAAAUAAUUAUGAAGUUGCUUUGCAUCUUUGCGAUUCUCCUAAUUGGAAGUGUCACUUGUGAUUCUGAUGAGAUUCCAUCAUUUGGUAACAGUGGACCUCCAGAAAUAAAAGAUCCAAAUUCAGAAGAAAUUCAGUCAUUCACCGAACCAGACAAUGAUGUCAACACCUACAACCCAAAGGAAUGCACACUGACUCCAUCGCCAACACUCCAAGAAAUCACUGAAUUCUAUGAAUGGAGUGACAAGAACAAAAAAGUCUAUAAAACACCACAAACCAAAAUCUGCAAGAUGGUCCGAGUUGUGUAUCACAUGAGAGAAAUUAAGGCACACAAUGAGCUGUUUGCAUUAGGAAAAGUUUCAUAUCAACGUGACUUGACUGAAUACUCAGAUUUGUCGCAUGACGAGAAGCUUGAAAAACUUAUUAUGAAGGACGUACAGUUCCAACCACAAGUUCGUCAACUUAAAGGACCAUUGCCUGUAUAUCCACCAGCUAGAGAAUCAGUUGAUUGGAGAACUGAAGGCUUAGUCACACCAGUUGGACAUCAAUAUAAAUGUGGAAGUUGUUAUGCAUGGGCUGGAUCAGCUGCAUUGGAAGCUCAAUUGUUAAAAUGUGGAAUUUAUCAUGAUCAAGUUUCAGUUCAGACUAUGGUUGACUGUCCAGGACCUGGUAUUUGGGGAUGUAAAUCUGGAUGGGCUUUCUAUGCCUUUAAAUUGCAAGCUAAUGGUGGAAUCUUACCAGCUGACAAGUAUCCAUACAAAGAUAGUCCAAGAAACUGUUCAUAUGACAGAGAUGACAUCAUUGCCUACGUCCAUAAACCAUAUCAAUUCAAUUUCACUAAUGUUAAUGGCAAUGCCUCGUUCAUUAAGCAAGUCCUUUCACACGUUGGUCCAGUUGCUACUGUAAUGUGUACUCAUCCCAGCUUGUUUCAAUAUAAAUCUGGUGUUUAUACAACUCCAACGUGCUGCAAAGAAGUUAAACAUGUCGUUGCUAUUGUUGGUUAUGGAACUGAUCCUGUAUUUGGAGAUUAUUGGAUUAUCAAGAACAGUUGGGGAUCUGGUUGGGGUGACAAGGGAUACGCUAAAAUCGCUAGAGGCCAAAAUCUUUGCAUUACUGAGACUAUAAUUGAUUACGCACAAGUUAAGGAUCUUGAUGGAGAAGUCUGUCCGUUCGGUUUUUAGAUAAUUUGUAAUUUGACGCCUU